AAGAAAAUUAACCAACAAGGUCAAGCACACGGGGAGUUAAAGGGGUAGCAGGCAGACACAGAAGUGCAACAACAUCCGUUUGGAGGACUACACUGAAAGGUCAUCGAUGCCCCGACAUGUGAUCCGGGUCCAGCCGCAAAGUAGGGGCAAACGAGAGGCCGGGCAAUGGAGCACGGGUCUGUGUGCGUGUCAUGAAGACAUGAGCGACUGCUGCUUUGCCCUCUGCUGCCUCCCGGUGUUCACCUGUAAGGUGAGCAGCAAGGCGGGCGCGUGCCCACUGCUGCCCCUGCUGGACUGUAUCGGCUGCGUGCCGCCAGCCUCCCUUGCCAUGAGGGCCUCUGUGAGGGAACGAUACGGCAUACAGGGCAGCGUGUGGAGCGACUGCUUGUACGGAUGCUGCUGCUACACGCUAUCUUGGCUGCAGAUCUCCAGGGAGCUGAAAAGAAGGGCUGCAGCUCAUGCCUCCUCCUCAUCAUCAUCAUCCUCUUCUUCUUCUGCAGCCAAAUACACUACACUCCCUCUCCUGCAGGGGUCGCACUUGGUCUGAAUCACAUGGACUCGCUGGAUUUUGGGGCUUUAAUUAACUGGGGCUCUAGAAAGAGACUGAAGGGAAUUUCAUGUGGUAAAGUAUCGGGCUGACUUCAGAUUUGCUGUCAAUAAAUGCCAAAAUAAAUGUCAUUUUAGUCAAAA